UCAGAUGGCUCGUCACACCAAGAAGGUCGGCGUUGUCGGCAAGUACGGUACCCGUUACGGUGCCUCCCUCAGGAAGCAGGUCAAGAAGAUCGAAAUUAGCCAGCACGCCCGCUACACUUGCAUGUUCUGCGGUAAGACUGCCAUGAAGCGCAACGCCGUUGGCAUCUGGAACUGCAAGGCUUGCAAGAAGACGGUUGCCGGUGGCGCUUGGAGCAUCAGACUCAAGCCGUUUGUAUCAGAGCAGGGCUCGAGACUCAAGCUGCUUGUAGCAGUGCAGCGCUCCGUUUGGUUCCAAUUUUCGCCAGGGAAUGGGAACACAAUGGUCGAGCUUACAUUUAGCGGUGGCGUGCGACAGCCUGUCUAG